AUGCCUGCAGACACCAUGCUGCUUGCUGUUGGUGAUUCGAGCUCGCGUGAUGGCUGGGAGGUCACGCAAGACAAGGUCGUCCGCAAGCACAACCCAGCCGUCCUCCACGAGAGCGUCACCUCGGACCCCGCACGUCUGGCGAGGGUCAAGAGCUUGACACGGACGGACACGGGCCGGUCCGAGUUCCACCGGGACCUGGCCGCGGACGCGCUCCCACAGUGGAUGUUCAUCACCCCCAACAUGACCUCGGAUGGGGCACGACACCUCCGUCCGGGCCUCCGGAAGGGCCGCAACCGCGUGCUCGGGGUGCUGCUCGGCGACGCGGUGCCGCGGGAGCUGGCGGGCACGUCCGACGACGCCUUCUACACGCACUACUCGCAGAUUGCGACCGUCGUGGCCAACUGGGGGAAGACGGGGGACCGGGUGCGCGCGUGGGACGGCGGCGAGGCCGAGUUGAAGCGCGCGAAUAAGAAGAAGAGGGUGAUACCGAGGCCGAACUUGGACUUGGAUAGGCCGGCGUCGGGACGGCCUAUAUUGCAGGGGGUCAAGGAUGCGUGGGCGGGGAGCAGCGCGCCGACGUAUUAUGAGGAUACCAUCAAGAUUCCGGAUGGACGGAAUCCUCCCAAGGGGUUCAAGCCGGACGACCCGGGAGCGCCGCGGCCGCCGCCUUCGGAGGAGACGAUCCGGACCUAUCUCGAGAUGCUCCAGGAGGGAUAUCAAGGUCUGCUGGAGUCGCGCGACGAAGGGCACCAAAAGGCAAGGACCGGCCGUGCUCUCUUCCUCAAGACUCACAUCCUGGACAUUGCAGAUCCCACCCUCUUCCACAGCGACUUGAGACGCAGCAGCACAGCCUGCCCGCCCGAGUUCACCUUGCACUCCUCCUCUCCUUCACCCCCAUCUUCCUCGUCCGGCACCCCGUUCUCGUCGUCGACUCCUUCUGGCGCGCCAAGGCCCUCACGCAGGCCGCCGACCUCCGCCGGGGGCAGCGGCAUCACCGCGCCGCACGCCACCGGCGCGCGCCUCACCCGGGCCCUCUACGAGUGGUACCUCCAGGCCGGCCACCGCCCCGGACCCGUCAUCGUCCUCGACGCGGACGAGGUGCUGGAGGGCGACACGGCCCGGUCGAGCGAGGGGCUGGAUGCCAAGAGGAGGCGCUUCGUGGGGGAUCUUUGGGGGUCCACGGGGAUCGACGCGUCCAAGAGUGCGAGGCGGUUGGACGUGGAGGCCAAGUUUGCGAGCUGGCGGGAGAUGUACGGCGCGGAGGCGGAUGAGGCGAUGACGGAGCUGGCUACGAGUCACAUGGAGGACUACAUGUGGCUAAAGAGUCGCAAGUUUUAG